GGAAAGGAAAUUUCGGCGUACAAAUUUUGCCGACAGAUGCCCUUGCAGUUAGUUCACUGAGCAAGCAUAUUGUCCUGUAGUCGGUGUGAUAUGGCUACGAGUAAUACAGAAGAAAUUGAGGAAGUGGAACGGAAGGAGCAAGAGGUAACUAAUUUCGAUGAAUUUCCACCAGAGGUUUUAAUUAAACAUCCACUACAACAUACGUGGACUCUUUGGUACUAUGAACCUGAUAGGAAUAAAUCAUGGGAAGAAAGUCAAAGGCAAAUUUCAAGCUUCGAUACAGCAGAAGAUUUUUGGAGCUUAUACAAUCAUAUAAAAUGUGCAUCAGACUUAAGACAAGGUUGUGACUACAGCAUGUUCAAACAAGGAAUUAAACCUAUGUGGGAAGAUGAUGCUAAUAAAAGUGGUGGGAGGUGGCUCAUGAAUUUAGAUAAAAAACAAAGAGCCACAGAUUUAGAUCAUUUUUGGUUAGAGACUCUCUUAUGUAUGAUUGGUGAAGCCUUUAAUGGAUACUCUGACGAUGUUUGCGGAGCUGUAGUAAAUGUGAGGCCCAAAACAGAUAAAAUCGGUGUAUGGACAGCAAAUGCUAAUAGCGAAGAUAGCGUCAUGGAAAUUGGACGCAAAUUGAGAGAGAGAUUAAAAAUCGCAUCAAAAGUUACUAUAUCAUACCAAAUACAUAAAGAUAUUAUGGUAAAAGCAGGAAGUCAAACAAAGAAUGUCUAUGUAAUCUAAAAACUGUUGAUGUUACAUUAAUGUCAUCGUUAUUCAUCAAAAAACGUCAAACCAGGAACAUGUAUCAGAAAUAUUGAAGUUGUGCAAAAUCAAGUCAGGUGACCACAUCAAAUUAAAUGAAAAUUCAAUGUAAAACUUUUUAAAAGCUACAUCUUCAUUAUAGCUAAGUAUUUUCCUAAUGCAAGUCAUUGAACAAAAACUAAUAAAUAUAUACUAAAGCAAAUGUAUAUCGUAUUAAUAUAAAAAUUUACAUUAAUGUAAUAUGUAAUUUAGGAUUAGAUUGUGAAAGAUACGCACAGGCUGCUGUAUUUUUCAGAAGAUAACAUAAAUUAUAAAUAAUUACUAUUAUUUGAUUAAGUAAUUUUCUUCACAUAUGCCUUCUCUGUGUAUUACACGUUGUUCACACAAACAAGACUGCUAUAAACAACUUAUAAAAUUAAGCUGUCAUUUUCAGAGAUGAAGUGACAAAGUACAGCAACCUACUUUACCUUAAAGUAGUACAACAUUAUUAAAUAAUGUUCUCACAGUUGUUUGACAAAUGGUCAUAUUUAAGAUUUUCUUAAAAAUAUAUUAAAAAUAUGAAUUCCUUUAUUUGCAUGUCACUUUAUUUUUAGUUUUUCUGAAAUAAGUAGUGAUAUAAGUGUUAACUGAAAUAGAAAUAUUUUAUUUUUUAAUAAACUUACAAAAGUUAAAUUAUUUUGCCAAUAAAUUAUUCAAUUCUUGAGUACAUUAUUAA